CGGUCCCAGCGCAGCAUCCAGCCUUCAGACCGGACGGUACGCCGCUGAACGGAGGAGGAGCACCGUCAUCCCUGUCAGCUCUUUGCAGUUUCUUCACUUUGUUUACAGUGUCACGGUUGGGACCCUUGGGUGCUUUUCUGGACAACAUUAAGUCUCUGAAGAACUAGUGGAAUUUAACCGCUGGAGCACAGAGGAGGUUUGGAGGAUGAACCCCCAGUGUGCCCGCUGUGGGAAGAUCGUCUACCCGACGGAGAAAGUCAGCUGCCUGGACAAGAACUGGCACAAAGGAUGUUUCCACUGUGAGGUUUGCAAGAUGACCCUGAACAUGAAGAACUACAAAGGCUACGACAAGAAACCCUACUGCAACGCACAUUACCCCAAGACAUCGUUCACCAUCGUGGCCGACACACCGGAGAACCUGAGACUGAGGCAGCAGAGCGAGCUGCAGAGCCAGGUGAAGUACAAGAAGGACUUUGAGGAGAGUAAAGGUCGAGGGUUCAGCAUCGUGUCCGAUACUCCAGAGAUGCAAAGACUCAGAAGGACUCAGGAGCAGAUCAGUAACGUAUGUGUACAGACACACACACGUACACACACAUACACACACACACAUACACACACAUACACACACACACACACACACACACACAUACACACACGGAUCAUGUUCCUGUUUGUCCUGGUGUUUGAUAUGUGAGUGUGUGUGUGAUGU